GCCGCGUCCGAAUUGUUUUUUUUAGGGUUAGCUUGCUCCCUUAAGGUGUUGGUAAAAGUAGAAAAGGACGGACAUGCAUUGCGGACUUGCGGACGCAGCCGAAACCCAGGAGGCCAAACGUUGCUGAAAAGAAAAGAAAGGUGUUUACAUGAGAAGGAGGCAAGCCAAAAGGCAGUCUAAGAUAGGCGUUGGACCAAAAUGAAGACUACGUCGUCAUAAGAAAGUUUUGAUAUAGAUCCUGAUUGAUACACAAUUUGCUUUCUCUUUCUCCGGGAAAUGUGACGAGCCGCAGGGUAUGGCGUGCCUAUCAUCAGUAGGUGCUUAACCAAAGGUGUUGCCUUAUCUUGUGGUGAAGUAUUUGUUUUGGUAAUGAAGCAGAAUGGUUGUGGCCAACGGGAUGGAUAGUGUGAUUGUACAAACAGUUGUGAAUGAUGAGCCUCUGCAAGUUAGUAUUGAUGCCACCACCACAGCAGAAGAUGUCUGUAUCAAAGUAUCAAAGGACCUUAAAAUUGGACCUGUGGCCAGAUACCUCUUUGCGCUUCGCUUGCAAGAUAAAAAUGUUUUCCUGGGCCCAAAUGUUUUGCUGUCUCAGCUUAAGUCCAAUGUGUUACUUUUUCGCAUGAGAUUUAAAGUUCCUCAACCAGAGCGCUUGGAAAAAAUUGAUGGUGGUGCUUAUGACUACUUUUUCCAUCAAGCUCGAAGAGAUUUUGUUGAUGGAGAAGUGCCAGAUAUAUCAUAUGAUAAGAAAGACCAAAAAAAAGAGGCUGUUGGUCUUGCUAUAACUGAUAUGUAUCUAUUCAAACUUGAAAAAAGAGUUGAUAUUUCCACGGUUGUUCAAGAUUAUAAGAAGUUUUUUCCUAAGAAGGUUCAAAAUUACCACUCAAUAUUUUUAAAGAAACCUAUCCGAGAGUAUUUGAGUAAGAUAGAAGAAAACAACUUGGAUUAUUUGUACAUCAAACGUAGAUGGAUUGAGCAAUUCCGUGAAAUGGCACCAUCAUAUUUAACUGAAGAGUUCACCGUUCUUCCUGGUGAUGGUAGUGAAUAUCGCACUCUAUCAGUGCGGGUAGACCCCUAUGAUGAGAAACAUCCAGGCAUUCAAGUAAAGCCAGAUGGUAAAAAAGAUUGGACACACCUAUGUGGGAUAGAUGACCUAUGUUAUAUUGCAGUGAAAUUUGAUAAUACAGUUGAAAUAUCUAGAAAAAAUGGUAUUCCAUCUCAUAUGAAAUUUCCCCUUAUUUCAAUAAUGAUCUCCUUUGUCAGUUUACUAGAUGGGUAUUACCGUCUUAUGAUAAAUUGGACAUUUAAUCUUUGCAAAGAAGUCAGAACACCUUCCCUUCAAGCACUGCAGUCCAUGAACUGUCAUGGACCAGUUGGAAAAGAAUUUUCAUACAAUAAAUUGAAAGAAAAACGAGACAAUGAUGCAGGCUGCUAUCUACUGAGAGAAAGUGAAACGGAGUAUGACACCUUUUAUUUAGAUGUGUGUUGCCAAAUUAGUACCAAAGAAAAAACAAAAUCAAAAACUAAGUCGUACACAAUAAAGGCUGAACACCUCAAGGAUGAGGAAGGUGUGAGGUCAAGUGUGUUUAUACUGACACAUGACAAUAGUUCUUAUUCAUCCAUGCGUGAACUGAUAAAAUCUCAUCGUGUAGAGGGCUCUGAUAUUUGGCUGAAGGAAUGUUUGCCACCGUCUGAAUUUGAAUUAUCAUGGCUACUAUUAUGUAGGAAGGAGUCCACAGAACAUGAAAUGGCACAUCAACAAGUUAUUGCUCCCUUUGUUAUUGACGCAAAAUCUAUCCGCCUAACAAAUAACUAUCAAAUUGGACAAUCUGGAAGUAUGCUGAGUAUUAGAAAUGGCAUUUGGAAACAAGGAAAAUUCAAAGAAGUGAAUGUGCUUGUCAAAUCUAUGGAAAGACAACACUAUGAAAAUCACCCACAGAAUUUUAGUCGUGAAUGUGAUAGGUGGGCAUCCAUGGCAAGGAGCUGGGCACUGCUUCACUCUUCGUGUACUGUCAGACUUUUGGGUAUUGUAAUCAACAAUCCUGUGUCACUAGUCAUGGAAGACGUUCCUUUAGGUCCUCUUGAUAUUUAUCUUAAAGAAAACCGUCAAGUUAUUAAAGCUAUUGAUCUUGUUGAAGCAUGUGCAAAUCUGGCAUCAGCCUUAUGGCAUCUUGAAGAGAAUGGUAUGAUUCAUGGACAUAUCCGCUGCAAGAAUUUGCUUCUUGCGGUACAUGAUGAUCAAACCUUCUCUAUCAAGCUAGCAGAUCCAGGACUCCCUGUGUACACAAUUUAUGACAUUCACUGGAUUCCUCCUGAAUGUUACCACGAUUUAGAAAGUGCUCUCAGUAGUCUACUAGCAGAUGUGUGGGCAUGUGGUACAACCAUGUGGGAAAUUUUUGCAUUUGCUGACUCAAUUCCAGAGUUUUUAAAUGUGGACAGCAUCAAAAAGCAUUAUCUUAGUGGAGGAACUCUCCCAUGUCCACCAUUAUGCACUCAAGAUGUCUUCCAACUAAUUAAGGAGUGCUGGGAAGUAGAUGCUAAUUGUCGCAAGAAACCACAGGCUGUUAUGCGUGAUAUCAAUCAGAUAUUUUAUCAAGUUUAUAACUCACGUCGAACUCAUUCAUAUUCCGUCGCCUUACCUAAAAGAUUUAAAGAACAAGCUCUUGACACAUGCAGUAUAAGUGAUUCUGAAAUCAGCAUGUUAUCUGGUGCUACUGUUGAAACGUUACUAGAUUCUGGAAGAGGCGGCAACUUGAUUUCCAGCCACACAUUUUUCAAUAACUUCUCACAAAGCAGUGGUAGUGAUCUGUUUGGUAAUAUGAUCUUGGGAGACUCACAGGAGCCAUUGAUUGGUAUUUAUGAAUCAAUGACACCAAAUAUAUCAGCAAUGCUUUCAAAUAUGACAUUUUCAACGGCCGCUACCUCUUUAGAAAGUAUGUCAUCUGUAUUUGAGCUUGGGCCAGAUGUUAAUGUUGUCUUACAAGGGCGCAUUGGACAGGGCUUUUAUGGUGAGGUAUACAAAGGAACAUUGGAGAGGCUGGACUGUGAAGCAGAACUUGUUGCAGUGAAGAAAUUAAGGACUGAUGCUCUAAGUACUACCUUAGCAGAUUUUGAGCGAGAGAUUAACAUCAUGAAAACUCUUGAACAUCCUAAUGUGGUUCAAAUAAAGGGAGUGGUCCAUGAGCCAGAAGUUAGUCUUGUCAUGGAAUUUGUACAACAUGGUUCUCUGAAGAGCUACCUGAAGAUUCAUCAUGAUAAGCUUCUUUUAGAUAAGCACCUUCUCAAAUUUGCACUGGAUGUUGCAAGG